AUGGCGCACAAGAAACGAAACCUUCCAGACAAAGUGCUCGCCUCUGCUCCCACUAGAUCUACCCCUGGAGACAACAACCUAGCAGAUGCAUUCACUAAAUCACAACCAUCUAGUUCCACUAUUGCCAAUGGAACUGACCAGUUCUUGUUAAACCAGAUGAAAUCAGAAAUACGCCGCCUUUACGGUGAAAAAGUAAAUAUGGCAAACACAAGCUACAUCCUCAAACCCCACGAGUUCAAAUGCUUAGCCCGAAUUCUUUCUAAAUCUCUCUGGGGCGAAGAGCGGGCCCUCGAUACGGUUGAUGAUUUGAUAUAUGCGGUUGACGCUCUUUGUAACCGAACGGCUUCUCAGACCGUCUUUGGCGAACCGGCCGAGCAAAGUCCUUCUCUAACCGAAGCCAGUGUGAGUGUUCGCUUUGUAACGGGUGGGCUAAAGGCCCUUCUUUCCAGCGAUGUGCCUACCUCACCCAAGACGCGCACCUUCAAAGACGACAUUAGCUCCCUAGCCGAGGCCAAAGACCUUCUUCAAAAGCGCUUAGAGACCACUGGUCAUGCUAAUCUUGAUUCACUUAUUGCUGAAAAGGAACGACUUCAGAAGAGUUUGGCAGGCAUAAUUGCUGAGUUCUCUAUCCCACCCGGCGAGAACCUUCUGGCUUUUCUACGGGGCAUCAAGCGCCGGGAAGAGCAGAAGUAUGCCGAAGAAGUCUUCCUGCGGGAAAAGGGCGCCGAGUGCCAAAAGCGGCACUAUGAAAAGACAAUCGCCCAAAUGAAGGAGCAGUCAGCUAGCUUGGUUGCCGAGAACCGCACCCUUAAGCGUCUUCUCAAAGAAAAGGAAGCCUCAACCACAGAAGUCCUCCAGGCCAGCACGAGUCUUGAAGAAACCGUAGCCCAAAUCAAGCAAACUCUAGAAGAAGAAGAGAAACGCGCUAAUUCCGAGCGCAAGGAGUACUCCGAGAUCAAAAAGAGCCUAAUUGAACAAAACAGAAAGAUGCGGGCCGUCGUUCAAGAGCUAAUUAACCGUAUUAAGCAAGAAAAGAAGGAAAAGGAAGACCUGAUGGCCUUGCAAAAGACAACAACCGAACAGUUUAGCAUUCAGUAA